GUCCAUAAACCGAGAGGCAGUUGGGGAGGGACGGGCGCACGUGAAAACAGCGCAGAUGUGGAGCUUUAUUCCAGCCCUGCUUUGGCUCUGCACCUGGAUGCUGGUUACGGGGGACCCAGGCACCUGCCCAGAGGUGAAGGUGGUGGGUCUCUCCGGUGCUGAGAAACUCACCAUAUUACAGGGAUGCCCUGGGACGCCAGGCACAGCAGGAAGCCCAGGAGAAAAGGGGGCACCUGGUCAACCUGGCCUGAGAGGGGCUGUGGGACCGCCUGGGAAAGCAGGACCCGAAGGGGGAACGAGGUAACUAUGUAGCAAUGGAGACCACCCAGACCCUUCCUUCCUCUGCCAGAAUGGGCCAAAGAGCUGCAAGGAGCUUCUGGGCAAAGGGGAGUUCCUGAGUGGCUGGCACACCAUCUACCUGCCGGACUGCCGGCCGCUGAGGGUCUUCUGUGACAUGGACACUGACGGCGGAGGCUGGCUGGUGUUCCAGAAACGCAUGGACGGCUCGGUGGAUUUCUACCGCACCUGGAGCGCCUACAAGAAGGGCUUCGGGAACCAACUCUCCGAGUUCUGGUUGGGAAAUGAGAACCUCCACCUGCUCACCCAGGACGGCGAGUUCCAGCUCCGUGUGGACCUGGUGAAUUUUAAUGACAGCAGCUCCUUUGCCAGCUACCAGUCCUUCAAGCUCAAGGGGGAAGAGGACAAGUACGAGCUUGUUCUGGGGAUGUUCCUCGGCGGCUCUGCAGGUGACUCCCUGGGCCUCCACAACGGGAAGCCUUUCUCCACCUAUGACCGUGACAACGACAGCGGGACACAGAACUGCGCCGCCACUGUGCAUGGCGCCUGGUGGUACAAAAACUGCUACCGCGCCAACCUGAACGGGGGCUACGCUGUGGGGGAGCAGAAGCAGCAGAGAUACGGCAUUGAUUGGGUCUCUGGCCAGGGUGUUGGUAACCCCUACAAACGCACAGAAAUGAAGCUCCGCUAGCCGGGGGGACCCCCAUCCAACCUGUGCAUCUGCGGCACACCCGAGACAGCAGAACCGAGCUGCCUCAUUGAUCUUCGUGCAGCAAACCAUCUUCCUCUCCCCGCAGCAGCUCCAGGAGCCUCCAGUGAUUACACCCCCACACACACACCGCAUCUCUGGAGGAAUAAAAGACUCCUUCCUGGGAUCAUCCAAGCCCCCCCAGUGCAUCCCCAAGGUCCCGUGAGGACAGCCUUCCUGAUGCAAUCACUCCCCUCACUCCCAGGGCAACGGGGCAGAUCCUUGCUUUCCUGGCCCUGCCAUCUGACAUUGCAUUGAGUCGUGGUGUGUCCAGAUUCUCUGGAGGCUGCUUAGCGCCAUCACGUGCCCAGAGGCAAAACAUAGGCCACAGUGAGCUCAGUGCAUGUACCCACACAACGUGGUAGCAUGUGGUCCUCUGCAGAAACUGCUUUCCAGUAGAGUUGCCCAGAUCAGGACUACCGAAUGAUAUAGAUUUUGUGUGUGUACAUUCAUGUCGUUGGGCCUGUGUAUGCGUGUCAGACCCAAUUACACGCAUAUGGAGGGUUGAUCUAGCGUGUAUUUCAUUCGAUACUGCUGCACUUGCGGCUGCUGUGUUCUGUGCCCCCAAUAAAAGCAUCACUCCUGGC